CUGCGCAUGAGCCUCCGGGAGAGGGAAGGCGUGGAUCUUUGCGGAGGGAUGCGUAGAUUAGCAGCGCCGUGGACCCAGAGGCGGAGCCGGAAGCGCCACGGUUUGACCCUAGAGCUCCUCUGUUUUCGAAGGGGCUGCUGUCUUCCUCACGACCUGCUCCGCCUUGUCUCCUUCUGACCCCCUUACCCGGAGGCUGAAGCCCCGGGUUGGGCGGGGCGGCGCAGCCUAACCUCUCGGACCCGGAAGAAGCGCCGUCUCCCGCCUCCACCAUGGAGCCCACCCUGCCGUCCCUCACCGAGGAGGACCUAACCGAAGUGAAGAAGGAUGCUUUAGAAAAUUUGAGGGUGUACUUGUGUGAGAAACUCAUAGCUGAGAGACAUUUUGAUCAUCUGCGUGCAAAAAAAAUACUCAGCAGAGAAGAUACUGAAGAAAUUUCUUGCCGAACAUCAAGUAGAAAAAGGGCUGGAAAAUUAUUAGACUACUUACAAGAAAACCCCAAAGGACUAGAUACCCUUGUUGAAUCUAUUCGACGAGAAAAAACACAGAACUUCCUGAUUCAGAAAAUUACAGAUGAAGUGCUGAAACUUAGAAAUAUAAGACUAGAACAUCUGAAAGGAUUGAAAUGUAGCAGCUGUGAGCCUUUUCCACAUGGAGCCACAAACAACCUUUCUAGAUCAAAUUCAGAUGAGAGUAAUUUCUCUGAAAAACUAGGAGCAUCCACUGUCAUAUACCACCCCGAAGGAGAAUCCAGCACAGCCCCCUUUUUUUCUACUGAUUCUUCUCUGAAUUUGCCUGUUCUAGAAGUAGGCAGAACUGAGAAUACCACUUUCUCUUCAACGACGCUUCCUAGACCUGGGGACCCUGGUGCUCCUCCUUUGCCACCAGAGCUGCAGUUAGAAGAAGAAGGAACUUGUGGAAACUCUAGUGAAAUGUUUCUUCCUUUAAGAUCACGUGCUCUUAUGGCCGGGCGCGGUGUCUCACACCUGUAAUCCCAGUACUCUUGGAGGCUGAGAUGAGUGGAUUCAUUGAGCUCAGGAGUUCAAGACCAGCCUGAACAAGAGCAAGACCCCAUCUCUACUAAAAACAGGAAAAAUCAGCCAGGCAUUGCGGGGGUUGGGAGGGUGGGGGGUGGUACCUGUAGUCCCAGCUACUCAGGAGGUUGAGGCAGGAGGAUCACUUGACCCAGGGAUUUGAAGUUGCUGUGAGCUAGGCUGACGGCAUGGCACUCUAUCUAACCUGAAUGACAGAGUGAGACUCUGUCUCAAAAAAGGAAAAAAAGAAAAAAAGAUUACAUGCCCUUUAAUUUUUUCUAGUAAUGACAAGAAAUGUUUUAAAGGAUAAGAAUCUUUUUAUAAAAUUGCUAUAAUGAUUUAUUUACAUUUAAUACGUCUUAAAGCACAAUGUAAGGAUACUUCGUAAAUAUGACUUUUUAGAGUAAAAGAAGCAUACUUUUAAGAUAGCUAAGUGCAAAUCUUGUUGAUCAUCUACUUUUCAGUAUUUUCUAUUUUUGUUUUAGGUGUUUCAGUGUUUUUGUAUACUUGAUAUUUUAAGACUAAUUUUAAUAGGGAUUAUCGCUGUAUUUGAGAAUAGACUCUUUAAGCUGGGAAUAAUGUUUCUUCUUGGCAUAUUAGUGCUAGAAAUUUUCAGAGUCUAAUAGCCCCUUCCAGACAUUCAGCAGCACAUUUUCAGCGUAAAGCUGUUCUGUGUAGUAGUAAAUCACUGGCGGGAGAACUGCUUAGAGACAGAACAAAAUCUCUUUCCCACUUCAUUGGUCUCAUAGGCACUUCUGUAGUCUUCUGAUGCUGGAGUUUGAGCCAACUAAAACCUCAAUUUGCCAAAAUUCAUUUCUUAUUAACCUUAUUAAUACUACUUGUUUAGAAUUUUCACAUUCUUUGCUAUCAUUUUCAUUCUUAAAGAAAAAUAUCUUGUCAUAAACCUGAAAUAUAAUGUUUAUUUGGGAUUAAAAAAAUAUUUUCUUUGUACUUUUCAUUAUUUUUUAAUGAGAACCACUAUAGAGUUAAAAAUAGCUACUACAAAUUGGUUGGGGGGUGGCAAUGGAAUAAGCCAUUUGCUGGGUUUAUUUUUUUGUUGUAUAAUAAAAUUUGACUAUUUACAUGCGUUUUUAAAUCUUACACUCUCAUUGUUUUCAUUUAUGUUGAAAUUUUACCUGUUUUCUGACAUCUGUCUGUUACUAAUUGCAAAAAAAGCAGAGAUAAAACAAUAAAAGUUUUUUAAAUGUAGUGCUAUAUCUUGGAGUUUCUAUAAUGUAGUGCUAUGUUUUGGAGUUUCAAAUUUUUCAGUAGGAAAUAUCUAGAGCAGUUUCUAUAUGUACCAAUUUUCAUAGAAAGUACUGGUUCAAGUUGUGAGAUUGAGUUGCAUUUCUGGAUGGACUGAUGAAUUUAUCAAUCAUAACAAUAUUGUCAUAUUGGCUUUAAAAAUUGUUCUUAAAGAUUGGAUGAUUGUUAAGGUUAUAAGCAUUUUCUAAGGAUUACAGAAAAACAUGUCUCACCUCCAACACGCAGCAUGAAAAAAUAGUGGCAUUACAUUUAAAGAAGUUGCUUUAAAAAGCAGAAGCUGAGUUUGUAUUUCAUUAGUUAAAAUUCAAUAUGUGGAUACCCUUUUAAAAAUUAAACCAGAUAUUUAUUUUUUGUCCGACAUCUUCGUCUGUGGUAGCGGCAGCUCCUCUCUGAGCUUCACAAAGUCAAAGUCCCCCAAGGACAAUAAGAAGAGAAAGAUGCCAGAAAGCCAAGAAAGAAAAAGACCCAGUGAACGAAUCUGGGGGCAAGGCCAAAAAGAAGUGGUCCAAAGGCAAAGUUCAGAACAAGCUCAACCUUCUAGUCUUGUUUGACAAAGCUACAUAUGACAAACUCUGUAAGGAGUCGGAACUAAGAUCUUACAACCCCAGCUGUGGUCUCUAAGAGACAAGAUUCAAGGCUCCCUGGCCAGGGCAGCCCUUCAGGAGCUCCUUAGUAAAGGACUUACCAAACUGGUUUCAAAGCACAGAGCUCAAGUAAUUUGCACCGGAAAUACCAAGGGUGGAGAUGCAUGAACCGGGUCCAACCAACCGUAUAUUUGGAAAAAUAAAAACUUUAUUGAACAAAUAAAAAUGGAAACAUACUAUAAUUUAGAGAUACUGUAGUACCUAUACAGACAGCUAACUGUAUAGACAAUAAAAUGUUUUUAUAUGUUUGGGUUUUUGGAUUUUUGAAUCCUACAAAGUCAUUUUUUCCUCUUUAAACACUGAAAACCAGCUAUUACCAAAAACAUGUAAAUUAGGAUGACAGAUGUGAUAGGAUGCAGUUUGUUACUAAGUUGAUUUAAUGGAGCGGUUACUUUCCAGAGACACCAUAUUACCACAAUAAAAAAUCAACUUUGAGCUUACUUUUUAACUAAUUUAUUUGGGGGGACAAUUGUAGGUUUAUGGAAAAAUUAAGUAGAAAAUAAAAGAGUAUUUCCAAAUAGCCCCUUCUUACCCAGUCUCCCAUAUUAACACCUUACAUCGGUGUGGUACAUUAGUUAUAAUUGAUGAGUCAGUCUUGAUACAUUACUAGCCAAAACCCAUAGUUUACAUUAGGGUUCACUCUGUAUUGUAUGUUCUGUGGGUUUUUACAUAGGCGUGAUGUCAUACAUCCACCAUUAUGAUGUACAGAAUAAUUUCACUGCCUUAAAAAUACCCUGUGCUCCACCUCUUCAUCUCUCUCUCCCUUAACCCUGGCAACCAUGGCUCUUUUUAUUGUCUCUAGUUUCAUCUUUUCCAAAACGUUAUAUAGUGGGAAUAAUAUAGUACCUGUAUUAUUCAGAUUGGCUUUCUCUUACCAGUAGCGUUAGGUUCCUCCGGGCCUUUUCCUAAGUUCACUUCUGAAGAGUUAGUUUUAGUCUAGUUGCUUUAGUUUCUCAUUCAGCUCUAUGAUCCAUUUCAAAGUAAUUUUUAUAAGAGGCAGAAGUCAAGUCUUAACAACUACCAGCUUUUUACCUAAGUAAUGUGAAAAACAGGAGGAAGUU